UGGGUCUUGGCCCCUUGGGUGGACGAGGAAAUCUCCGGGAAAUGGACUGGCUCAUGAUCAGUGGCUGUUUCAGGUGCGCUUGUUGCCAUUUGGUGUGUGUUGGUGUGGUUUCUAGUUGAUCGAUCAGGCGUGAGCGAGGUGACGAAAUUGUGGUAGACUUGCAUACAUACGACAUAAAAUUUUGACAGCUUAAAAAACACAAGACAACAUAAAAACAACUUCCACAACAUCAUAUCCAUCGCUCUCUCUUCGUCGUCACACAUCCUCCUCUCCUCACACAUAUUACUCACAAACGAAAGCAAAAAAAAACAAGGAGACGACUCGGUUCCAAUCGUCGUCGCAAUUCUUGAAGCUUGUGGCUUGCGUCGAGUGGGGUACUCUUUCUAAGUAGGUAGGUAUCUUUCUCUUCUGGACUGUUACAGGACCGGGGUGGUGGUCGAAGCAGUUAACAAGAUGAUCGGCGAUCGAGGCCGGAAGGUCCGAUGGAGCGACCGAAUGUUGAUGACGAUUGUCUGUCUAAUGCUGAUUGUGAUUCGAGUUGGAUCGGUGAAGCGGGGUGAUUUCAAGACGUGUGAGCAAGCCGGCUUCUGCAAGCGGGGACGGGAACGAAGCAUCCGAGCGGCCUCGCCGGAGUAUGGCCCGGGAUGGAAGUCGCCCUACCUGGUCCACGAGGCCCCGAGUUGGUCCGAAGACACCCACACCCUCCAUGCCCGCCUCGUCAACGAGCUCUAUCCCGGAGUCACCUUUGCACUCAACGUGACCGUCCUUGCGGAGAGCGAGGGCACAUUGAGGAUCAAGCUCGACCAGCUCGCCGGCCUCCGCCAACGCUAUAACGAAGCCGACAAAUGGACCCUCCUCGGCCAGCCAAAACUGCUCCACUCGAAGCACAUCAACCUCCAAAUCUCUCAGGAUCAAACUCUCAUCACUUGGUCCGGUAACUUAGCUGUCGAAUAUCAGCUCCUUCUCCAGCACCAGCCUUUCAAAAUCUCCCUCCUCAGGGAUGGCCAGCCCCAUAUCAUCCUCAACCAGCGCGGCUUGUUCAACAUGGAACACUUUCGGAACAAACCUAAGACUAAUGAUGAAGGCUUACUCGUCCAGGAACCUUCCGAUCCUACUGUGGUCUCCAACGCUGAAGAGCUCUAUCCUGGGUUUAAAGAGACCACCGAGGAUGGUAUGUGGGAAGAGACAUUCGGAGGGCGCACUGAUCAGAAACCAAAAGGUCCCGAAUCUCUUGCACUUGACAUCACAUUUCCUGGAUAUUCACACGUCUUUGGAAUUCCCGAGCAUGCCUCACCUCUGUCACUGAAGACGACCCGUGGUUCUCCCGAGAGUGCGCCCGCGGAAGCCUAUACGGACCCGUACCGACUCUGGAACCUGGAUGUAUUUGAGUACGAGGCGGACUCGGAGAUGGCCUUGUACGGAGCGAUUCCGAUGAUGAAGGCUCAUCGGGCGGGCUCGACGGUGGGUGUGUUCUGGCUGAAUGCGGCGGAGACCUGGGUCGACGUCGAGAAGCGGGAGACGAGGGGAGAGGUGGUUGAGGCUUGGAAGGCUGGAGCGUCGAGACGGGCGAGCUCGAGUGGUGAAGGAGUGACCGACGAAGGACCGACUGGGACUAGCACGGAAACGUACUGGAUGAGCGAGUCCGGGAUCCUCGAUCUCUUCCUCUUCCUCGGCCCUAGCUCCGCCGAGAUCUUCUCCUCCUUCGCCGCCCUCGUCGGCACCACCAUCCUGCCCCCGUACUUCUCGAUCGCCUACCAUCAGUGUCGAUGGAACUACGUCAGCCAGGAAGACCUCCUCAGCGUCGUCCAGAACUUCGAUAAGUUCGACAUUCCCCUCGACGUCAUGUGGCUUGAUAUCGAGUACGCCGAAGAUCAUAAAUACUUCAUCUGGGAUAAGAGACACUUCCCGGAGCCGAUGAAGAUGAUCAACGAGUUGGAGGCCACUGGGCGUAAGCUGGUGACCAUUGUAGAUCCGCACAUCAAGCGCACUCAAGAUCUAUACGUUUACAAGGAGGCAGUCGAGCGGAACGUGCUCUGCAAAUUGCCCGAUGGAUCCGAGUAUGAAGGGUGGUGUUGGACAGGCUCUUCGAGCUGGGUGGAUUACUUCGAUCCCAGCAGUUGGGACUGGUGGGCCGGCUUGUUCAAGUUUAACAAGUAUAAGGAGAGUACUGUUAAUGUGCACAACUGGCUAGAUAUGAACGAGCCUUCAGUCUUUAACGCUCCGGAGAUUACGAUGCCCCGAGACAACAUACAUCAUGGUGGAUGGGAGCAUCGAGACCUGCACAACCUGAACGGAAUGGCGAGCCACAACCAAUCUGCGCGAGGUUUACGCGAGCGGACCGAUCCUCCAAUGAGAGGCUUCGUCCUCUCCCGAUCCUUCUUCGCUGGAAGCCAGAGAUACGGGGCGAUCUGGCAAGGCGAUAACAUGGGCACUUGGCAGCAUCUGGCGGUCUCGAUCCCGAUGCUGUUGAGUAACAGUAUUGCUGGUAUGGCUUUCAAUGGAGCCGAUGUCGGUGGAUUUUUUGGGAAUCCUUCUCCGGAGCUCUUGGUCAGAUGGUACCAAGCUGGCGCCUUCUUCCCAUUCUUUAGAGCGCAUGCGCAUAUCGAUACCAAGCGCCGAGAGCCCUACCUCUUUGAUGAGCCGAUUAGGGGACAGAUUGUAGACAUGAUCAAAUUAAGAUAUACCUUGUUACCCAGUUGGUAUACCUUGCUCUUUGAAAACACUCUCACUGGUGCCCCAAUGACUGUGCCUCAAUACGUCAUGUUCCCUAAGGAUGAUGCUGGGUUCGCUGUGGAUGAUCAGUUUUACUUGGGCUCUACUGGGUUGCUAGUCAAACCAAUUACUCAAGAAGGCGCUACCUCGACUGACGUUUAUAUUUCUGACGAUCAACCGUAUUACAAUUACUUCACUUCAGACAUGUUUUUGGUCGAUCAAAGCAAAGGCUCUCCUCGAACAUUCACAUUUCCAGCUCCGCUAGGAACUGUUCCACUAUUCCAGCGUGGUGGCCACAUUGUCACCCGCCGAGAUCUCAUCAGACGUGCGGCACCUUUAAUGUGGAAGGACCCUAUCACACUGGUUGUUGCACUCGACAAGCAGGGACAAUCUACUGGGACUCUCUACCUAGACGACGGUGAAUCAUUCAACCACGAACGUGGCCAAUUCCUCUACAAGCGAUUCUCGAUCAAGAAAGAAAGCUCUGGCAGUUUCACCCUUUCCUCUUCUGACGCAGUCGCCCAAACCCUCAAGUCAACUCAUGAGGCUUUACGCUCCUCCUUGGCCCAAUACCAACCUGAUAAUGGGUGGAUCAAGAAGAUCAGCUCGGUGAAUAUCGACAAAGUCAUCAUCCUUGGAUUACCUGACCGCCCGACGUGUGUGAAAGUCAGUGGUAGAAACGAUGGAUUGGCAUAUCAAUAUAGUUCCGGAUUAGCUUCGACAGUCAAGUCGGCCAAGAUGACCGGGCUUGGCAAACGGGCGAGCGUCUUGGAGAUCCAAAACGCAGCGGUGAAGGUAGUGGACGACUGGUCGAUCGAAGUGGGCUUCAAAGAGGCAUGCACAGCCGAUCCGUCAACCAUCCAACCAGACCCAUUUGUGAGUCUACAAUCCGAGCAAUGCGCACCGGGAUACUUUCAAUGCAAGAACGUCGGCCAUCUCCCCUCUUGCAUCCGGAUCUCACGGGUUAACGACGGGAUUUGCGAGCCUGAAUGUUGCGAUGGCUCGGACGAGGCCUCGAAUGCGCAUGCAAACUGCCCCAACCGAUGUGAAGCGAUCGGCGCUGCCCAUAGGAAGAAACGCGAGAAACAGAUACGCAAGUUCAAAGCUGGGAACAGCGAGCGAAAGAAUUAUAGUCUCUACGGACUCAAGGAGAAGGCUCGAUUAGAGGACUCAAUCGGGACGCUCACGCUGGAGAUCGAGAACCUGCAAGCUAAGGAACUCCAGGCUAAGGCCGAAUUGGAUCGGGUCGAGAAAAUCUCGCAGACUCAGAUCGCUAAGUUGAAAGAAACUAACUUGUUUAGAAAGAUCUCGGGCUUCCAGAACUCUAUCAAACAGUUGCGAUCUCAAAAUGAUCAGUUGCAGAAAGAUCUAGACCAAUUAAAUAAUAUCUUGAAGGAUUUGAAGGCCGGUUAUAAUCCGAAUUACCAAGAUAUGGUUGUCAAAGGCGCUGUGAAGGGCUUUGAGGAAUGGGAAGCCGAGAAAGCGAGUGGCCAGUCCACCGAAGCCGAUAACAACGAAGUGGUGAAGAUCCCAUUGAAUGAAGAACUAGACGGAAUGGUGAACGAGGACCCAGUGGAUAUGAUUACAGCCGAGCAAGAGCAACUAGGCGGCGGACAUGAACGAGUGGAGUCAAUGACUAGUGGAUUCGAUCUAGCGGACCAUUUGCCGGAGUGGAUGAGGAAGACAUACAUUGGAGUACGCGACAAGAUCCUAGACGGCCUCCAGACCCUCGCCAUCCUGCCCUCCUCUCUUCAGAACGCAGGCUCCAAGAGCACCGAUUCAGGGACAUCUACCACCGACAGACCCGACGUCGUCAAGGCUAAAACUCGCUUCCAUGACGCUCAAUCCGCUCGCGAAAACGCUCACAAUUCGCUCGCUGAGACCCGCGCUAAAUUGGCCCUCGACUGGGGUCCCGACUGGGAAUUCAAGAAACUCGAUCAGACUUGUCUCGAACUCAAUCAUGCCGAAUAUGUUUAUGAAGUGUGUUUGUUUGGUGAAGCUUACCAAAAGUCAAAACAUGGAGAUCGAACUUCUUUAGGACGAUUUUCCCAUUGGAAUAAAGACGCGCCUCAAGGUUCUCCAGAGUAUUAUUCGAAACAAGUUUACACUAACGGACACAAGUGCUGGAACGGACCAGAACGAAGUCUGAACUUGGAGAUAAGAUGCGGGACCAAGAACGAGUUAUAUUCGGUGAUGGAGCCGGAGAAGUGCGAGUAUCUGAUCAAGAUGACGUCGCCGGCGGUGUGUCGAGACGGUCUGGACUCGCUCGACGACGGCCAUCAUCUCGAUCAUUGGGUCGUGCUCAGAGACGAACUCUGAUCAUAACCCCCUUUUCCUCCAUAUCCUCUCUCGCUCUCUCUUUCACCUUUCAAACCACCCAACCCCCCAAAAAAGGCCAUUCUCUCCUCAUCAGUCGUUUUGUCUCGAUCCCUUAUCUUUUUUUUUUCUUUAUAUUAUUGAAUGGGGUUUUUUUAAGCAGAAAGCAUUAUUGAAAAUACACAAUCUUUAUAGAAAUUACAUCUAUUUUUUUUC